AUGUUUGACUUCGAUGCCCUUGAAGAGGCUCAGGCGAGUUCUCGGGCUCCGCAGGCCAAAGUUGCUGCAAAAGGAGCCCCAAACGUUCCGACAAAGGUUGCUGCAAAAGGCAGCGCAGCAGUUGGCCGAGAUGCGCCGAGAGCAUCGCUGCAAGCGACGGCCAAAAUGCUCAGCGAAGGAGUCAAGAAAGCAGCUGCGAAAAGCUCGAGCCAGGCGCCUGCGCCCGUUCCCAGGCUAACCCACGACGAGAGGCGGCGGCGCUGGGCCCUGACGGGCUCGGCCGUGGCUCAAAUGCUGCAUGAGAUGCUUGAGUUCGAAUUCGUUUGCGGGAAAGGAUGGAUGGAGGGAAUGCAGUGUUUGGUGGAAAACACGCCCCGGGACCACAUCGGACGCCGCUAUGGCCUUGAUGACUUUGCAGGACCCUUGCUGCGGGACCACUUCAUCCAGUGGACUUCUAGCCACUCGAGGGCCGAGAACUUCCGGAAGGUGAUCUUGCGCCUGGAGAUGAAGGUGGUGGUUGCAACGAAGCACCUGGACCUCACGUACGACUGGACAUUGAGGCAGGGU